AUGUCAACAGCGGGACAAGUUAUUAAGUGUAAAGCGGCAGUAGCUUGGGGACCGGCUAAGCCACUAAGCAUUGAAGAAGUAGAAGUUGCACCACCGAAGAAAGGAGAAGUUCGUGUAAAAAUAUUGGCAACUGGAGUUUGUCAUACAGACGCGUAUACUCUAUCUGGCAAAGAUCCUGAAGGAGAAUGGUGGCCGACAAUUUUUGGGCAUGAAGGAGGUGGUAUUGUAGAAUCAAUUGGAGAAGACGUUACUUCAGUACAACCAGGGGAUCAUGUGAUUCCAUUAUAUAUUCCCGAAUGUCGUGAAUGCAAAUUUUGUAAAAGUGGAAAAACCAAUUUAUGUUCUUUGGUUAGAUCUACUCAGGGAAGAGGAGUCAUGCCAGAUGAAACAACUAGAUUUACUUGUAAAGGGCAGAAAGUAUACCAUUAUAUGGGUUGUUCUACAUUUAGUCAAUACACAGUCUUGUUGGAAAUAUCUGUUGCAAAAAUUAAUCCUAAAGCCCCACUCGAUAAGGUUUGUUUACUUGGAUGCGGUAUUACAACAGGUUAUGGAGCGGCCACAAAAACUGCCAACAUCCAACCCGGAUCUACAGUAGCUGUAUUUGGUUGUGGUGGAGUUGGUUUAUCCGUAAUCCAAGGUGCUGCAUCUCGUAAAGCAAGUCGAAUUUUUGCUAUUGAUACCAUUCCAAAGAAAUUUGAGUUUGCUAAGAAAUUGGGAGCAACCGAUUGUAUUAAUCCCAAUGAUUUUGAUAAGCCGAUUCAACAGGUUUUAGUUGAAAUGACAGAUGGAGGAUUUGAUUAUACAUUUGAUUGUACAGGAAAUACAAACGUAAUGAGAGCAGCACUUGAAUCGUGUCAUAAAGGAUGGGGAGAAUCCAUUAUCAUUGGAGUCGCUGGUGCAGGUGAAGAAAUUAGUACUCGUCCCUUUCAACUUUUAACCGGAAGGGCAUGGAAAGGAAGUGCAUUUGGUGGUGUAAAAGGAAGAAGUGAAUUACCAAAUUUAGUUGAAGAUUAUCUUGACAAGAAACUAGAAGUGGAUAUGUUCAUUACUCAACAAUAUAAAUUGGAAGAUAUUAAUAAAGCUUUUGAUAAUAUACAUUCCGGUGAAAGGUAG